AUGAAGCCUAAACGUAUGCACAUGGUGCAUAACAUGGUUGUGAAUUAUGGAUUAUAUAAAAAGCUCGAUAUAGUGAAACCUACAAGGUGUACAGCUUAUCAAAUGACUCGUUUCCAUUCUGAUGAAUAUGUCAACUUUUUACAAAACGUGACUCCCGACAACUUGGAAUUACUUGCCAUGCAACACGGUGGUUUGGAACAAGGCAUCGCACGAUUCAAUGUGGGUGAAGAUUGUCCUGUAUUUGAUGGUUUAUUUGAAUUUUGCUCGAUUUCAGCGGGUGGUUCAAUUGGCGCUGCUAAUAAAUUAUUAAACGGUGAAGCUGAUAUUGCCAUUAAUUGGUCGGGUGGACUUCAUCAUGCCAAAAAGACAGAGGCAUCCGGGUUCUGUUAUGUGAAUGAUAUCGUACUUGGCGUAUUGGAGUUAUUAAGAUACCAUCAACGUGUAUUGUAUGUUGAUAUUGAUGUCCAUCAUGGAGAUGGUGUUGAAGAGGCAUUUUAUACCACAGAUCGUGUCAUGACCUGCUCAUUCCACAAGUUUGGUGAGUUUUUCCCUGGUACAGGUGAUAUAAAGGAUACUGGACUUGGAAACGGAAAACGUUAUGCAGUAAAUGUUCCCCUGAGAGACGGUAUUGAUGAUGAGACCUACAAGAGUGUAUUUAAGCCUGUAAUUCAACACAUUAUGGAUUGGUAUAAGCCUGGAGCUGUUGUGCUUCAAUGCGGUGGCGAUUCCUUGUCAGGCGAUCGUCUGGGUUGUUUCAAUCUGUCAAUGCGUGGUCAUGCUUCCUGUGUCGAGUUCAUUAAAUCCUUCAAUAUACCAAUGAUGAUGGUUGGUGGUGGUGGAUACACAAUUCGUAAUGUCGCUCGAACCUGGACAUUCGAGACCGGUCUGGCUGUAGGCGAGGAUUUAACACAGGAAGAGUUACCGUAUAAUAAUUAUUUCGAAUAUUACGGCCCUGAAUACAAAUUGGAAGUCCCUUCCAAUAACAUGACCAAUCAUAAUACGCGUGAAUACCUAGACCAUAUCAUAGCAAAAAUCGUUGAUAACCUCAGGAGUAUGCCUUUUGCACCUUCUGUUCAGACACAAGAAGUACCAAGAGAUUUCAAUUUGGAUGAUUAUGUCGAUGGAGAAGAUAGUGAAGCAGAAGACGCUGAUCAUAGACAAACACAACGCCAUAAAUUAGAGAAUAUGGGUGUUUUGUAA